AUGCAGUGCCACGGGAGGCCCUCCGUGCUGCUGUUGCUGCCGCUGUCCCUGCUGCUGGGGGCGUCCACCGCUGCUCCUCUGGCAUCACGACCCUCCAAGGAGGAGCUGACCCACUGUCUGGCAGAGGUGGUCACAGAAAUGCUGACUCUGGGUCAGGCCCAGCGAGGCCCCUGCAUGGCUCUCCUCCACAGAGAAAUGUGUGAGACGGAGCCCUACAGCUGUGUACCCACUGAGGAGAAAGGCCUGCUGGUUAGUGAUUUCAAGAAGCGGGAGGCUGGGAAGAUGAGGUCCAGCCAGGAAGUGAGGGAUGAGGAAGAGGAGGAGGCAGCAGAGAAGACCCACAAGUCUGAGGUGCGGGAACAGGCCAUGCAGGAGCAUCUCCACAGCCGGCUCCGCCAGGAAGAGGAUCGCGAGGAGGCGCAGGAGGAGGAGGAGGAGGAGGAAAAGGAGGAGGAAGAGGAGGAAAAGAAAAAAAGGGGGCCCAUGGAGACCUUCGAAGGCCUGUGGAAGCAGUGGCAAGAGGAUGGAGGGGACCCCCAGAAGCGGGUGGCAGAGCAGGCUAGUGAAGAGGAGAUGGCCCAGUUCAAGGCCAAGGAGAAGGGUGUGCACAUGCUGGGUGGGGGCAGCAGCCUGUGGCAGGGGGCCAAGGGCAGGGGAAGAGAGAGGCACAAGGGCUCGCUGUACCACCACCAGCGCCAUCCGGAAACCGAGUCCAAGCAGGAGGAGAAGGAAGAGGCUUUGGAGAGGGAGGAGCAGGAUGUGGAGCGGCUGGAGCACGUGAGAGAGGAGCUGAAGAAGGCAGCGGAGAGGCUGGGGGAGGAGCUCAGGAGGGAGGGCUGA